AUGUCCUUCUCUUGGAAUACGAGCUUUCGCAGGCCGACAGCCCACCCGCAACACAGACAGCGCACACCUCCGCCACCCCGCGCGUAUGUCGAGCCUUUGUCACCACAACCGAGACCGCGACCAGUCGAGCCCAACUUCAACUACCCUGCCCUCACACAUGUCGACUACAGGGUCCGCGCAGAACCGGCCCGUCCAGCAACAUCCAGCUCCAGAGCGCCGGUAGCUAGCUACAGACAUGGACACCACAGGACACCGUCCAUCGACACCCUGGCCGAGGCGGCACUUGCGGUGAGCCCAGGCUUCGUGGCUUAUCCAAGACCGAGCUCAGGCCCGCAACAGUACCAGAACAGGAACUAUGAGCCAAACCACUAUGCUUCAUAUGGAACAUCCGAGCCACCGCACAAGCGUUCUCGCUCAGAGUUGCUCCCGUCGCCGCAGGUCGGCGCAUAUGGGUCACGACCCGCCACGAGUUAUGAAGCCCAUGCAAUCCAGCAAGGAGCUUACGACAGUAGAGUGGAGGAAGCUGCUUUGCUGCUGAACUUCCGGACAGGAGGCUGGCCCGUCAAUGGUGGUGCUAUGUCACCUCCGCAGGUCCCAGCUAGUGCUGCUGCUCAUAGACCACAUGCUAAUAGCUUCCCGCGUGAUGGAAGAUAUACUAGGCCGGCAGACGGUGUGCAGCAGGCGCCGCUCUUGCCUCCAUUCAGUCCCGCAUUGCCUCAGCAAGAGCGGGUAGCGCCUCCGACCCAACAUCAGACCUUGUACAAGUCGACAUCUGCACCUUACGGACCUCAUCGGACCACGAAGGACGAAGACACUGCAAUGAUUAACACUGAUAGAGCACCCUAUGAGCAGAGGAAGGGCUCCGUCUACGCCUUUUCUCGGCAGCAGCAAACCCCUAUGGACGACACGGUGUCGAAUCCAGAGAGCCCGGAGAUCGCUCCCAGCGAGGCCUCGGACGCAUCUAAGACGCGGCGAGGAUGGCCGAAAGGCAAGCCUCGUGGUACUGGUAGUCGCAAGACCAUUGCAGAAAAGGUUGCAACCAAGAGAGCCAUUGCAGCGCGUAAGAACAAUCCAAACAGCAAGAGGAUGGCGAAGAAGGCUCCUGGGCCUGCUGCAAUUGAUCAUGAUGUUACUCUCGCCAAGGUGCCUCGACGAAAGAGUGCUAGUGAUAUGACUGUUGAUGCUCACGGGACGGCUACAGCUUGCGCACGCUCAACGUCCGUGCCACGAGACAACGAUAUGCUUGUCCGAGACCCGUCGCCGACGAAGCCGACAAAAAGACAAGCAAAGAUCGCACCAGAGACCAUCUGCCAAGGCUGCCUAACAUCUCGCGAAAGUGCAUUGGCCAAUAGCGAAAUGGACGAGUGGAUCUCAUGCAAUGGCUGUAAGAAGUGGUUCCACAUCGACUGCGCUGGCUUUAAGAAGGCUCUGGAGGUCAAGGAUGUGGACAAGUACUUCUGCACUGCCUGCGAGCCGAAGCAUGGAAAGACGACGUUUGUGCGGAAGAGUGCUCGUGCCCAUGCUUCGGUCGAUUAUGCUGAACUGCAACGUGGUGUGCUCAAGACUAGCGAGGAGAGCAAUGAGCAUCACUACAUCCAGCCUAUCAAGGACGGGACGUUUCAGUUCGACCCGGAGAUGUUUCCGCGACUGAAGCCGGAGAUGGUAACGAGAGAGUUCUUUGAGAAGAGUGGCAUAUUCGUGGAGCCGAUAUGUAUACCUGCGGCGUGGAAUCCGAGACCAUGGAAAGAGAAGGCUCAGCAGCAGGAAGGCUUCAGUACAGGACACCAGCCUAGUCAAAAGGAGGACGCAAUACACGAUGGCAUGUUUCCGGACGACUUCGAGUACGACACCGUAGAGGACGUGGGACAGGAUAAGCUUGGAAUGGUGAUGCCUGAAGGACUCACUGUACGCCAGGUUUGCAACAUGGUUGGAGGAGACACGCCGUUGGAUGUGAUAGAUGUGAAGACGCAGAACUCUGGCCAGAAAUGGAACUUGAAUCGAUGGGCAGACUACUAUGAGCAAGAGGGUGAUGAUAAGCCGAUUCGGAACGUGAUUAGUCUGGAAGUGUCUCACACAAGACUAGGGCGGCUCUUACGGCGACCACAGAUAGUGCGUGACAUCGAUCUACAGGACUCCGUCUGGCCACGGGAGGAGCGCGACAAAGGCAAGUGGCCGAAGGUACAAUACUACUGCUUGAUGUCUGUCGCGGAUAGCUAUACGGACUUCCAUGUCGACUUUGGUGGAAGCAGUGUCUACUAUCACAUCCUGAAAGGCAAGAAGACAUUCUUUUUCAUCCCGCCGAAGCCGAAACAUCUCAAGGCGUACGAGGAAUGGAAUGAGAGUCCGCAGCAGAACUUCACCUUCCUACCCAGCAUUACCAAGGAGUGCUAUCGUGUUGAUCUGAGCGAGGGCGAUACUAUGCUGAUUCCAUCCGGCUGGAUCCAUGCCGUCUGGACGCCAGAGACGAGUCUGGUGAUUGGUGGGAAUUUUCUCACAAGGAUGUCCUUCAAGAACCAGUUUAAGCUGGUUGAGAUUGAGAAAGCCAACCAUACGCCGAUGAAGUUUAGGUAUCCGUUCUUCCAGCGCAUCAUGUGGUACACCGCACUUCAAUAUCUGGCAGAGGAUCCAUUGCCUCCCGAAGUGAGUGAGCAACUCAAUGCCGGGAGGAGGUUCGAGAGACGAAUCCCGAUCUGGCAGGACUUUGAUGGUAAUUUGUCUGCCAACGAUGAUCGUGUGGGUGCGCGCAAUGCUCGAUAUUAUUCGCAAGCUGAACUCGAGGGACUGCCUGAGCUGAUGAAUUACAUCUGGCGGACUGUGAUGUCUGUCCUUGGACGUGUCGAUGGCGUCUCCGAGGAUCAAAAGAAGCGCAUCAAUGCCAGCAUUCCGAAGGGUUAUGGUGAGCCACUCGAGAUCGCCAAGAACUUCGCGCUAUGGGUAUCGUGGAAAUGCGGGAACGCGGACCCUCCCGCCUGGAUAGCGCACCCUGACUUCUCCUUCAUGAAAGACGAAGUUCGACCAAAAAAGUUAUCGGCGCGCGCCCUCAAGGACCUGGAGCGCAAAGAAGCCAUCGCCGCAUGGAGAAUUGCACCCGACCGACAAAGUGCGCGUAUGAUGUCGAAGCAUAGUGAUGCCGCUCCCACGACUGCAGUGGCUGCCGUCGCCACACAUGAGAUCUAUGAUGGGGCGACCACCAGCCAGUCUCCUGCGCCACUGCACGAAGGCACACCCGAUUCAUCAUCAGAUCAUCAGUAUUCAUCACAUCAGCCUGUGCAGUAUACACCCUCGGCAGCGCCGCCUUCAUUGUUGAUGAUGUCGCCGAUGGCGGGUCAGCAUUUCAGUACGCCGAAGACCAGCGUUCUAGGCCCGAAACGUGUCGCUUGCGAUACUUGUCGGAAACGGCGCAUUAAAUGCAAACACAAGGACUCUGUUAUGACUGCGACGCCGGAACUGAUGGGUCAAUUUCCUGGAAUGGGUAAUAUGGGUCCUUUCACAUCUAAUGGCACGCACGACAUGCACGAUAGCAUUACGUUGUCUGGCGCCACAAACGGACAGUAUCAGAUCGAUGGACAAUACGAUGAACAAAUGACUGGAUACUCUGGGAACGGUGUGAAUGGCUUCGGGCACGGCCAACCCACGCCAGGCACUAAUGCCUAUAUUCAAGCCCACAUACCCAUGUUGAUGAACGGCUCUCCGAUGUUCGGUGAAGCUCAGAAGCGUGGUAGAACAAAAGCUUGCUUCGAAUGUCGAAAGUCCAAGCGAAGAUGUGUACACGACGAGAGCGGCAAGGUUGAUCCUGUCAAAGCAGCUGAGACACCAGUACCACGAGGCAACGUGAAGAAGAGGUCUUCUGAGGAUGGUGGCAGUCCCGCAUCAGUCAAGAAGUUGAAGCAGGAUGAAGAAAGUCAGCCGCCGCAGCCACCACCACCAGCGCAAGGAGGCACUGCUGGUGUACUAACGCCAGCACGCGCACCUGCCAAGACGAGUCCCGCAAGGCAGCGAAGCACGCAGACGCCACCACAAAUCGUGCAUCAUCCACCAGACGACGAGCCCGCAGCACCGGAGCUUGACCCGAACCUCUUUUCAGCAUACCCGGACCCGGGCGACCAGAACCAGUACGCAAACCACAACUAUCCUUACCCAAUAGCCUCCGAGCAGCAAAGCAACGGCGCAUACGAGUACCCAUCACUAGAGCAGAUCGCAAGCGAAGUCCUGGACAUGAACGGCCAAGCCGACGAAGACUAUAUCGAUCGCCAGCUGAACGCUCUUCCGUUCCAGCGACUGCAAGGACCUCGAGGUACAGACUACUACCGCGGCAAUGGAGGAGCCUAUGUGCCGAACGGCGUAGGACCAAAGCCGGACGAGAGCGUGGAUAGUGCCAUCUCCAUGCCAAGCAGCGAGAUCCUACAACAGAACGGAAUGCCGACAAUGGAUAAUCGGGAGCGAUCGGUUGAUGAGCGGCUGAUGGAGGCGUUUGCCACUAGCGGACGGUCCUUUGGAAAUCAGGCACCGAAGUUGAAUGCGAUUCCGACUAUCGAGGUCAAUGGUAUGGCUGAUGGAGAGCAUCAUCAGGCUUCAACUCCUCACGAGCAGCUGGACGGGGUGAAACGGCCAUAUCGCGUGAUCAGUGACAGCCCUAUGCGUGGUGUUGAGGCGAUGCUAGGCUGA